AUGCUCGAGUUUUUUUUUCUUGAUUGUGCUACUAAAUGUUUAUUACUUUUCCUGAUAAUUGUUAGUACAAAAGGAGCUCGAGCCGACAAGUAUAACGGUCAUUUUUCAGAACAAGUAUUUUAUCAAGCUUUCUUCGUCAAAAUGAUCAAUUUUCAUCUGAAUCAGCUAUGGCUCAUAGCAGUACUCAUGGUUAUAUAUUCGUCCAAGACAUGUUCGUUAUUAACUCUGUGUCCGACAGCAACAUGGCAACCCAAUGCAACAACCGUAGCUGGUUCUAAAUCAGGCUCGUCAGGAUCGACUCCAACCAGACUUUAUUAUCCAUUGGAUGUGUGCGUGGUCAGCAACAGUGUGUUCUAUGUAUUAGAUUCAAGCAACUAUCGCGUUCAACGUUUUUCGAAUUCUACUACUGGAACAACAGUGAUUAAUGGUACUUCUGGUGCUGGUGCCAAUCAAUUUUCUAGCAUGAAUGACAUGUCUAUUGACAGUAACGGAAACAUAUACAUAUUGGAUGGCGAUAAUGCUCGUGUUACCAAGUGGUUACCGAGCGCUUCCAAUGGAACAAUUGUUGCUGGUGGCAAUGGUGUUGGAAGCGACACUAAUCAAUUUGAUGGAGCCAUGGGAAUGUUUAUGGAUGAUACAAGUGCAACAACUAUUUGGAUUGCUGAUACAAAUAAUCAUCGUAUUGUCAAAUGGACUUCACCAACAACAAGUACUGUUGUUUGUGGAGGUUAUGGAACUGGUAAUGAUCAGUUGCUAUAUCCAUUUGGCGUAUAUGUCGAUGCAAACGAUGCAAAUGCUCUUUAUGUGGCCGACACGGGAAAUCAUCGUAUCCAAAAAUUUUUAUCUGGUGCAACAACUGGAGUGACCGUUGCAGGAAUAACAGAAUAUUAUGGAUAUGGCCUCAAUCAAUUGCAACAGCCAUCCGCAGUCAUGGUAGACAAUAAUCAAAACAUGUUUAUUGUUGAUAAGGACAAUAAUCGGAUUAUGAAGUGGACGGUUGGAACAAGUUCCGGUAUGAUUAUUACAGGCUAUUCGUAUUCAGGAACACAAGCAUAUCAGUUCGAUAAGCCAGUACACUUGGAUUUUGAUUCAAAUGGGUCACUAUAUGUUGUGGAUGAAUAUAACCAUCGAAUUCAAAAGCUUCCUAUGUCAUGUGCGCCAGCGAAUAAUGUCUCGAUGACGACACCAGCACCAACAACAAGAAUGCCCGAUACGAAUCUUAGUUGUUCUUUGACUCCCUACGUGUUCAAUGCUACCACCAUUGCUGGCUCAAAUUUAGGUUACUAUGGCUCUGAUGAAAACUAUCUUGACAGUCCAUACGAUGCGUUUGUCGACAAGAAUGGUAUAUUGUAUGUAGCCGAUUCUGACAACUAUCGAGUACAACGCUUCCUUCCUGAUACAACAUCUGGCACAACUGUUGUGACCGGCAGUUCAGGCUCUGCUCUCAACCAAUUUGGAUCCCUGGACGGUCUAAAUGUUGAUGAUAGUGGCAAUAUCUUCGUUCUGGAUGCAAGGAACAGGCGAGUUGUCAAAUGGACACCAGGAGCAAGUAGUGGUGUUGUUGUUGCUGGUAAUAACGGGUCAGGAAUCGGUACAAGCCAAUUAAAUUCACCUUAUGGUAUAUUUGUGGAGACAAAUACAUCAAUCGUCUGGAUAGCUGAUACGUCUAAUCAUCGAAUAGUUCGCUGGACACCAUCCGCAACAACGGGAAUGGUUGUCUGUGGAAGUUCUGGAUCAACAGCUGAUAAAUUCAGAUAUCCAUAUGGAAUAUUUGUGGAUACAAGUGAUUCGAAUACAUUCUAUGUUGCAGAUACAAACAAUCACCGAAUUCAAAAAUGGCUAUGGGGUGCAAGUAACGGAACAACAGUUGCCGGUCAAACAUCUGUCUGUGGUAGCGAUGUUAGUUUACUGUGCUAUCCAGUGGCAGUUGUCAAAGAUCAAAAUGGAUACGUAUUCAUAGUUGACAAUACCAAUCAUCGUAUUAUGAGAUGGAUGAUCGGAGCAUCAUUUGGAAUGAUGGUUGCUGGUGACACGGCAUAUGGAGUAUUGCCGAGUCAAUUGUACUAUCCAUAUAAUGUGAAACUUGAUCCGAAUGGAGCUAUUAUUGUUAGUGACAGCAGCAAUAAUCGUAUUCAGAAAUUCUCUCUCCGUUGUAGUGCCCCAAGCUCGUCGGCGACUUCGGUUGCGUCUGGAUCGACAACACCAUCAGUAAGUGCAUCACGCUCAACAUCAGCAGGAGCAAGUACACCAUCUCCUUCUCCUUCUCCUUCUUCUUCUUCUUCUUCUUCAUCGUCGUCGUCAACACAACAGUCAUCGACAUUACCAGUCUCGAGUUCGUCGACUGCAGCUGCUGUGUCAGUGGUCUCGAGUUCGUCGACUGCAGCAGCAGUGUCAAUGGUCUCGAGUUCGUCGACUGCAGCAGCAGUGUCAGUGGUCUCGAGUUCGUCGACUGCAGCAGCAGUGUCAAUGGUCUCAAGCGCGCGUACCAAUGGAACAUCAAUGGUUAGACCAACAACAACAUAUCCUGCAUCAUCAUCCUUUGCUCAAAUUCAACAAUAUUCGCAAUAUUUAUUGAUCAUUGCUUACGGAAUAAUCAUCUUGCUCAAUUAA